GCUCAACAGAGGACUGUCAAGGGCUUGUCGCCAUGUUCCUGUCAUUAGUUUCCCUUGCCAAGAGCAAGUCAAAAGUCAUUCUGGUGAGAAUGGUGAGUGAAACUGGGACAGGUUUCUCCUUCAACACGAAGAGGAGCAAACUGCGGGAGAAACUGACUCUGUUGCAUUAUGAUCCACUUGUGAAACUAAAAGUCCUGUUUGUGGAACAGAGAAAAAUACGCUCCCUCUAAACAAUGGAUUGAAAAUGAAUUUGAUUUAUAAAUGAGAAGCCCAAGGGUGGGAUACCGAUGCAGAAAUUCUGCAGCUUGUCAUAAAAGAAGAGGAAAUGGUACGGAAUCACUGCCUCCUGUGAUUUGAAGGCCAUUGUGAAGGAAAACAAUACAGUGAAAGAAAGUUCUUCGUGUCGGGACAUAUAUCAUUGCAUCACAUUUAUUUAUCUUUCUGGAUAUUUUUAUAGCCCUUAAUAAAGCAUAUUAAAUAAAA